AUGUAUUUCUACCUCUACAGCAGCCUGGACAGAACUGAGAGCACCGACCCUGAAGACACCAUCCUCAACGCUUUCAAAAUGUUCGACCCCAAACUGACGGGCUUCAUACACAAAGACGAAUUACAGAAAGCACUGAUGACACAAGCAGACAAGUUUACAUCCGAGGAGGUGAAGCAGAUGUUUCAGUCGUCCAACAUCGACACAUCUGGAAACCUGGAUUAUAAAUCUCUGUGUUAUAUUAUCACACACGGAGAGGAACAGGAGGAGUGA